UAACCUGAUCACCGGGGACGUAAAUAACAGUCGGACCAGAACGAGGAAGUGUUUCCUCUAAAAGUACAGGUGAAAACAAAUCUAAAAGUCGUCUCUAACGGCGGUUUUUUCCCGGUAACAGCGGCUAAAUGAAGCGGUUAUCUGUGACCGUACAGUAAAUUGAAGCGGAAAUGUCUCACUUCAAAGAGCACAUCGACAAACUGAGUCGUUAUUUUGAUCGCUACACGGAGUACGUGAGGAGAAAUCCAGCUGCUACAGCACACCUGGAGAGCACGGUGCGGACCCUCUCCUACCUGAUCGCAGGCCGAUUUGCAGAUUCCCAUGUAAUUUCUGAACUAGUGUACUCUGCCUCCAACCUGCUGGUGUUGUUCAAUGACGGCAUUCUGCGUAAAGGCCUGAGAUGUGCCUUCCCUGCGUCUCUCUCUCAGCAGAGACUCCAAACCUGGCUCUCCGUGUUGGAGUACGUGGAGGUUUUCCUGGAGAUGGGCGCCUGCAAGCUGUGGGGGGAAGUCGGCCGCUGGCUGGUGAUCACACUCAUUCAGAUCUUUAAGGCAAUUUUCCGCACCGUUCUUCUUCUGUGGUACAAAUCCGGCAUCCAGACUUCACCUCCCAUAAUCCCCCUGGACCGAGGAGCCGAGCUUGUCAGUGAAGACGACGAGAACAGAGAGCAGCAAAACGACGUCUGCUUCGUGGGUCAGAGAUCAGGGCGGGUCGUCCGGCGACUCGGCAGCGCUCCGUCCCUGCAGGCUCGGCUGUGGGGAGCACCGAAUAAGAGCAGCGGCUCGAACAGAGAGACGCUCGACAGCAGACCGACAGAGCUCAGGCUGCGGGAGACCGUCGCAGAGUGUUUGUUCAUCAGUCGGCCGCUCGUACACCUGCUCUCUCUCGGGCUCUGUGGGAAACACUCGUGGAAGCCGUGGCUCGUCUCAGGAGCCGUGGAACUCUCCAGUUUUGCGGUGCUCAGUGAGGCAAAAUUUCAGAACCGAUGGGAGCGAGCCGAGAUGAGGAGGAGAACUUUCCUGUUGCUCUACUACCUUCUGCGAUCACCUUUCUAUGACAAAUACUCAGAGGAAAAGAUCCUCUUCCUGCUCAGACUUCUGGCCGAUCAUGUUCCAGGAAUCGGACUCAUCGCGCGUCCUCUGAUGGAUUACCUCCCCAGCUGGCAGAAGAUCUACUUCUACAACUGGGGAUAAAAUCUGCUGAUUUUAAGUUUUUAAAAAAAAAACUCCACAAGGAGACGGCGAGUAAUGAGCCGUCAGCGCAGAGGACAGAGACACUUUAAUUCCCUAAAAAAAAAGUAAUAAAUUAAACUGCGAGGAAAUGAAGGAGGACAGACGUCUUGAUUGAUUUUGUCUGUUUCUGAAGUCAAAGAGAUAAUCAUGAAAAUAUUUUGUAAUCUUCAGUCGACUCUGCACUUUGCGUCAGAAUCACGUUGGAGGUCUUCCUGCGCGUCUAUAACGCAGAGAACAUUUCCUACCUAAAAUCUCUGGUGUCUUAACGCCUUAUUCCCGUCCUGAGCGCCGCCCUCACUCCGAUGUGUUUCCAGGAGAAUGUGUGAACAGAUUUGUGCAGGAGAGAAAUCUCUCUCAGGAGCUGCUGUGGAGAGAGAGAGAGAGAGGCACGCUCAAACAACUCCCUGCAGCUCGUUUCCAGCAGCAGGAAGAGGAAGUUAUGAUACAUCAAGAGCAAGUGGAAGUGACAUCACCGAGGCAGAUUAAAAACCUGUUCAAAGCUGCAUUGUGUGUGUGUUUGAGUCAAAGACGACAACACAGCGGAGGUUUUCCAUCUUUAUUAACAUACUGAAUAAUUUCCUUUUUUUUGUAACCUACAAAUAAAUAGUUUCAUCCUUUCA